AUGGCUAUUACUACAGUAGAAUCAUCGAAUCAAAGAAAAACCAUGCGAAUCAGACACACCAGUAAAUUCCUAUUUUUCUUCGCCAAACUGUUCGGUUUCCUGCCAUUCGCAAACUCCACCAUUUUAUUCAACAAAAUCUACGCCUCGAUUCUAAUCUGCUCGUUCACCAGCUCCACGUACUAUUUCGUUAGCACUCUAGCAGCAAACAACGAAAUCGCGAUGAUUCUAACGAUAUUCGCUUCGAUUAUCCCGCUCGACGCGCUCAUCUUCUCCUCGCACUUUUUCCGGGGUUCCCGGGCGUCGGCUCGCUUGGAAACGUUCCUAUCGGCCAGUCGAAACCCCUUUCCCUACGAGCAAAUCCUUUUCCACGUGGUAUUCCUGCUGGUCAACUCGUUGAAUUUCGAAGCGCAGAUCAAGAGGCACAAAUCGCUCGGAGUCCUCUGCCUGGCGUUGAUCUUCUGGUACGUGCUGGUGUUCGCCGUUCUGCUCUACGGGCACGUCGUGCUGAUUUUCAGGAGGAAAUUGUGCCGAAUCCACGGCGAUUUGAAGAGCGUUUGCUUGAGAAUAUACCCGCACCAGAAACGAACAGUCAACGAUGUGUUGAAGAUGAAGGAGGCCUACAAGAGCACCGUCGAACAAGUGGAGAAUAUCGAAUGCAUUUUCGGGCAUUUUUUGCUACUAGCGCAUCUAUUUCUGCUCGUGCAGUUCGUUAAUGGUGUGCAUUUCAUCGUUUCGAAUUUGAAGAUUUCGAACGUUCAAUUUUCGGAUAAUGAAAUCUACGUGUUUUUUAGCGGGAUCGCGCCGUUCUCCACGACAUUCAUCGCUUUGGUAUUUUCGAUAAUGUGCUGCGAUCUAGCCACCGGCGAAGGCCGGGAUCUCAUAAAAACCUGCUACAAAUUACACAACGAUUCGAUCAACCACCGAAACAACGAAGAAGUAUCGACCGCCAUUCUGGAUUUCAUCGAAUACAUCACCAACUUUCCACCGAAAUUCACGUCGGCCAACUUCUUCGACAUCCAAAGGACCACCAUCUUGGACAUACUCGGCAUCAAACUCACCUACUUGAUCGUCGUGAUGCAACUCGACGGCGUUUAA